AUGCGUCAGCUCGCAAACAUGCUGGACAAGCCGCACCUGCUCUUCGCCCGGGAAGAGCAGAGCGCCGACGCGACGCCGAGCGACCCACAACCAGAAGCGAUGCUCAGUCCGGACGAAAUCCGGCUGCCGAUGCCGCGCGAAGGACAGAAAUGCACUUCGACGUUCAUCACGCUGAGCAACACGUUGACCGACGAGUGGAUGGCCUUCAAGAUCAAGACGACGUCGCCCGAGCAAUAUGCACUGGACACAGAGACGGCGAUGUCUGAUGCGGAAGGCGCGAGCGCAACGCCGACGCCGCGGCCGGACGCGUCGUCGAUGAUCACGCUGCGCGAGCUGUCGCGCUCGACGGCGUCGCGCGCGAGCGACGCCGGGACGGAGUCGGCGGCGCAGCAGUCGGGCUACGCGUACCGCAAGCAGGGCAACUUUCUGCGCGCGAUCGAGGAGUACUCGAAAGCCAUCGCGAUGCAGCCGGGGCACUUCAAGGCGCUGUUCAACCGCGCGUUCUCGUACGACAAGAUCGGGGAGUACCGGAAGGCCAUCGACGACUACACUGCGGCGCUCGAGGUCGACAAGAAGAACAGCUUCGCGUUCUACAACCGCGGCAUCACGUACGACCGGCUCGCGAGCUACCGGGACGCGAUCGAGGACUUCACGACCGCGAUCUCGCUCGACAAGGGCAACGCGGAGUUCUACCACAACCGCGGGUUCUCGCUGCGCAAGGACGGCCGCUUCGAGGAGGCGAUCGAGGACUACACGUACGCGAUCAAGCUCAACCCGAAGUUCGGCCAGGCGUACUACAACCGCGCGUUCUCGUACGACCGCCUGAAGAAGUACGACCUCGCCGUCGCCGACUACACCCGCGCGCUCGAGAUCGAGCCCCAGAACGCCAAGGCGUACCACAACCGCGGCUCGCUCCUCGAGCGCCUCGGGCGGCUCCAGGAGGCGCUCGCCGACUUCAACAAGGCGAUCGAGCUCGACCCCAAGUCGGCGUGGUCGUUCAACGCGCGCGGGCGGCUCCUCGAGCGCAUGGGCCGCCUGGAGGUCGCCAUCAACGACUUCGACCGCGCGGUGACGCUCGAGCCCACGAACCCCGAGUUUCUGCGGAACCGCGGGCUGUGUCACCGCACGCGCGGCGACUACAAGGCCGCGGUCGCGGACCUCACGCGCGAGCUGCAGAGCGCGCCGCAGGACGUGACGGCGCUCAGCAACCGCGGGUACGCGUACCGCAAGAUCGGGAACUUCGAGGCGGCCGCGAACGACUACACGCGCGCCCUGCAGCUGCAGCCCGGCACGAUCCGGCUGUACAACAACCGCGGGUACUGUCUGGCGAAGCUCGGAAAGUACAAGGACUCCAUCCAGGACUACGACGCGGUGAUCGCGCGCGACGACAGCAACACGCACGCCUUCCACAACCGCGGGAUCAGCUACGACAAGCUCGGGCUGUACGAGGACGCGAUCCAGGACUUCACGCGCGUGCUGGAGCUGGAGCCGAACAACGUGAACGCGUACUACAACCGCGCGUCGGCGUACGACUCGGUGGGCAACUACGAGAGCGCAAUGAACGAUGAAAGCAAGGCGCUUGACUUGGACGCCACGCAGGGCAACGGCAGGUCGCAGCAGAACCUUGCGACAUGA